UUGCCCCUCGGGUCCCCUUUAAAUCUUCCCCUCUAACCUUGAACCUGGGCCCUCUAGUUUGGACUCCCUUACCCUGGGCAAAAUACUUUGGCUAGUCACUUUGUCUAUGCCCCUCAUGACUUUAUAAACCUCUUAUAAGGUCACCCUUCAGCCGCCAACGCUCCAGGAAAAAACGCCCCAACCUAUCCAGCCUCUCCUUAUAACCCAAGCCCUCCACUCCCGGUACAUCCUCGUAAAUCCUUUUUCCCCUUUCAAAAGCAGAGUUGAUGAAACUUUCACAUAAAAUAAGUAAUUAAGUACAUAAGUAAUUAAGUUUAUGUACAGUAAAUAAGUAAUUCAGUACAUGAACAAAGAAAAGCAGCCAUCAGAGUCGCAUCGAGCUUCCAAUCUUCCAAGAAAAGUUUGGUGUGAGGAUUUUUCAAAAGCUGUAUCACACUGUGCUUUUGAGCUGUGUGUGCGAGUUACGAAUUCCCAGCCAGUUUAUCUUGAAAUUCGUUUUGGGAGUUGCAGCAGUUUGUGCACGUCUGGUCUUAGCACUCUUGGCAAGUAGUUGAGACCACUGGACAGAAGGUAACGCAGCUGCCGUGCUCUCCCAGAGCUCGGGACCUCGCUAACAACCGAACCAGGAGCCCGCACUCAAACAAGUGAAAGCUGUAAGCAAAACGGAAACAAACUCCUCCUCGUCAAAACCAGAUCACCGAGAAGAAGCCGGCAACCAAGCAUUAAGAGGUGCCGGGGACGCAUUCUUUUGGACGGAUCACAGUUGACACAACCCCUCGUCCACUGGAUCACUUCUGGGUGUUUUAAAGAUAUUUUUGCAACCACCCAGCAACACUGCAGUUCAAGCAGCAGCAGCGUGGAGUUAGCCCGUGAAACCAGCCUGUUGCACAGUCUAACACUUCGAGGAAACAUCUCCCAAGCAAAAGAAAAUCCAUCUCGGUGGCAUGGCAGAUGAAGACAUUUAUGAUGACUUCUCAAACUUCUAUGACAAUGGAUCUUACCAUGGGGACAGAAAUUACAGCAUUGACUAUUAUGAAUUUAACUACCUGUGUGACAAAGGUGACGUCAGACAAUUUUCAAAAUAUUUCCUGCCACUGUUCUACGGAGUGACACUGAUAGCUGGGCUCUCUGGGAAUUUUAUUGUGGUGGCCAUUUAUGCCAAUUACAAGAGGAUCAAAUCCAAGACAGACUUGUACAUCAUGAAUCUGGCCAUUGCUGAUUUGCUGCUUCUUGUCACCCUUCCUUUCUGGAUGGCCCACGCUGUCCAUGGAUGGAUUUUUGGAGACGUUAUGUGCAAAAUCUGCUCAGCACUGUUCGAAAUGAAUUUCUGUGCCAGCAUGCUGUUCUUAGCCUGCAUCAGUGUUGACCGCUACCUUGCCAUCUCCAGGGCAACCAGGCCAUCCACAGUGGGCAACAGGGCUAAGAUCAUCUGCAUGUGUGUCUGGCUGGUGGCUAUAAUUCUCAGCACUCCUGAUUUCAUUUUCUCUUCAGUGAUGAGUUUUGACAACAGGCAGCUAUGCAACCUCCUUUUCCCUCCACAGAUGGCCAAGACAGUCAGGGCUACAGUCCAGGUGUUUGACAUCCUCCUGGUGUUUGCAAUCCCAUCACUGGUUAUGCUCUACUGCUAUUCUGCUGUGGCCAAGGUGGUGUACAAGGGUCCAGAUAGAAGGAAACACAGGGCACUUAGGGUGCUCCUGGCAGUCGUGGGGCUCUUCUUCUUGACUCAGCUACCAUACAACAUCAUCAAGUUCUGCCGCCUGCUCGACGUGAUCCACAUGCUCAUCAAGGAUUGCGAGAUCAGCAAAAGGGUGGAUAUCGCCACACAGAUAACCGAGAGUAUCGCAUUGUUUCACAGCUGCCUCAACCCAAUCCUGUACGCGUUUAUGGGAGCAUCAUUCAAAGGCUACAUCCUGAAAGCGGUCAAGAAGAGCAGCUUUUGGCGCCGGAACCAGGACACGACCAUUGCUCUCGAGAGUUCCUUCAAUUCUCUGUCCCAGUCAGAGCAUACAAGCAGUUUCUCCAUCUAGCUGCACAACUGGAUAGAGAUUCUGGCACAGGAAUUCCCUGAGGAUUCCUAACCACAGGAGUUCCAAACUCCUCCCACCCCGUCUCUGGUGCCCCUUGACUUCACUCCCAAGAGGACUGGCUCCAAUGUGUAGACACUGCUCCUCAGAAUCACACUCCCUCACCAGCUCCACACUCCCUCACCAGCAGAAGUAGUCUUUCUUCAUCCAUUCUAUUAUUUCUUCAUAAUACUUUGAAAAGUUUAAUCAAAACACUUGAAAUAUUAGAUAACUCAAGCCAUUUGUGCUAUUGUGCCUCAUAAUUAACCCUCAAAAGUCCAGGUAUCAUUCUGAAAAUCUAUACUCACUGUCCCCAAGGACGAUACAUCCUUCCCUAGGUGCAGAGCCCAGAGCUGUUGCCAAGCCCUGGCGGUGGUCUAACCAAGGAUUUACACAAGACUCCUUGUAUGACUGUGUCAUUUCCAGAAGAUCUCCAAUCAUCAUUACAAAGGGUCAACCUCAUGGAAUGCGUGCCAUUCCCAGGGGUUACAAAUUCCACAAAACCAAGAUGACUCUGCCUCAGUUACUACUGAGACAGCCAGAACCUAUAGAGUUCUUAUGUGAAUUAACAAUUUAUUGCAGUUGUAAAUAAUUAGCUAAUUCUGAAGGCUAAUCACAGGUCUAUGUUUGUCUCCUGUGCUUUACCUCCACUAGCACUAACCAUGAAAUUAGAAAAAAUGUUCUGGCAGAAUUUUGUCUCCAAUACCCCCAUUUACAAGGCUGUCCAACUUUUUCAUGUCUCUUUGUUCCCUUAACUUCUUUAUCCUGUCUCCCAUAUAUUUUGCUUCCACUUACUUGCCUUCCUCACCCAUCCCCUUUGGAUUUCCUUAUUCCUUUUCCUCUGCUCUUCCCUAUAUUCACCCAGUACAUCAGCUGUGGCUCAGCCUCCCUCUCCCUAAAGCCAGAUGGUUACAGGUCCAAGCUUCAGUCCAGAGGCUCAUGUACAAAUUUCCAGGCCAGUCCUAGGCGAAUAUUGCAUUGUUGGAGUAUCCUUCAAGUAGGACAUUAAACUGACAUCCCAUUAUCUCAUCACUGUCUCAAAUUUCCAAUUUACACUAGUAUUCACACUAUAAAAGUACUUAUUUAGUUGCAAGUUAUCUUGGGACAUUGCAAAUGAUAUAGAAAUGUAAGGUUUCUUUUAUUCACUGAUUUAAUGGCAUGUUCCAACAAACUGGAGAUGAAGCAGGCACAGUAAAUAUGUUUUGCUCAUCAAGGUGUGUAUAAUAUGUUGUCUGGUGUGGUUCUGAAUUGCAGUAGCCCAUCUCAAAUUACAGAAUCAUGGAAACUUCCUGUACUGUACGAGUCCAUUCAACCUUAAUGGAAAACAAAUAAAACUGCAGAUAUUGGAAUCUGAAACAAAAACAAAAGUGCUGGAGGAACAUCUGCAGAAGGAGAAACCAGUUAAUGUUUCGGGUUACACAGCUGCUUGACUGGCUGAGUUCUCCCAGCAUUUUGUUUUUGCUUCAGAGUCCAUUAAAUCUAUUGUGUCUGUGCCAAUAAAGUCAAAUGUAGCUGUGUUUCGUGAGGAAAUCCAAUACAGUUCACAUCAAUUCUUAAAUAAGGUUUCAAAACAUCCUCCUCUCCUCUAAGCAGAAUUAAAUGGGGAGUGAAUAAUUUCACUAAGCUGCUCAACAGUAUUUUGCUGGAAGGAAUUCCCUUCAAAUCACAAUAUGAUAUUUACAAACAUCAGCCUGUGCUUUAUCCAGAAGAUACAUUUUAUAGAAAUGUAUUCAGCUGUUGCAAUGCAGAACAAAUAUUUCGCUACUUUAAAGUUCCCGAUUGUAAUCUAUAUAUGUGGCCUAAUGUAGUUAAACAUCUAGUAUACUGAAACUUAGCAUGUUUGAUGGAUAUCUUUGUAUUCACAGCCAUGAUCAAAAUCUCCUUGAAUCUUUUGCAAAUACAAAAUUAAAGAUAUUUACACA